GGGCGGGGCCGGAAACGGCGCCGUGGGGCCCGGGGGCAGCGGGGGGAGCCAGGCGGGGACGCGGUGACACCCCGGUGACACUCGCCGCCGUGCAGCCCCCGCCGCAGCAAUGGAGCCCCGGUGCCCGCCCUGGCUGCAGAUCUGCCCCGGGCCGUGCCGCCUCCUGCUCCACGCUCUGUCCUCCGGCCCCGGCGGGGCGAUGGCCGCACUGCGGGUGCUGCAGCGGGGCCAGCGCCGCGAGGGACCAGGGCAGGCGUUCCCCUGGCAGGCUCUCACCGCAGCCCUGUGCGCCGAGGAGCCCUCGCUGGAGGGGCCAAAGGACACCCUGGCCGUCAAGCCACGGCUGCUGCUGCUGCCCGUUUUGUGCCAGAGAAACCUCUUCUCCCUGCUCCUCGUGGUUCAGAAUGUAGUGCCCGGGGAUUGCCUUGACCAGCUGCUCCAGGCCUUGGAGCAAGAUUCCCAUGUGGAUCCCUGGGUGAAGACACUGGGGGAUCUACUCCAGCAGGGAGCAAGGGCAGAGGAGGGCUCCCCACAUCCCACUGCCCUGUCUUCCAUGUGCCAGCAGCAGCUUAGGGACCUGUGCCAGAAAAUUGCCCAGAAGAAACCAGAGGGGCAAAGAAAAUUGAACUGGUGCUUCAGCAAGCAGCCUGGUGCCCCUGACUCUGCACCUCAAGGUGGGAAGCGCAAGAAAAUGUCAGAGGAGAGCCUGGAGUUGGACAGUGAGAGAGAGGGGAAGAGGUUGUUGCUGGAGGAGGUGGCAUUUGAGCCCCUGGAGCCCCAGGAAUGUGGAGAUAUAGCAGGGGUGGAAGAGGAAGUGCCUGAGGAGCCUUCAGGGAAUGUAUCUGCUCAGGGCACAGAUAAGGCUGCUCCAGACAGCUCCCAGCAAGAUGCAGUUGGGGAGCUCAGGAAGAUUUCCCAGACAGAGCUGGCAGUAGAAGUCCAGUCCUUUGUCCAGAUGCAUGGACAGAGGCUGAAAAUGCUGCUGCUGCAGGAAUCCAGUCACGGCGAGCUGCGCACCCUACCUGAACUGAGCAUCCUGAACAGCUGCUCCCCCAGCCAGGUGAACCCCAGCAUCCCUGCUGCAGCUGCUGCAGGGGGCCUGCUGCUGUCCCUAAUGUCCCAUCCCCUCUGCCAUCCCCAGCUCGAGGGGCUGUGCUCCUUCCUCCAGCUCUCCACGUGCCCGGAGCCCUUCCUGGUGCGUUUCUGCAGCUGGCUGCUGGCUCUGACCCCUGACCUCAGCUACACCAGCGCAGCCAUCCUGGCAGAGCAGCUCUUCCUCAGGCGAGUCCUGUCCCUCACCCAGCCGCCUUCCCGACACCUCAUGGCUGCCCUCACUUCGUUUUGCUCCAAGUAUUCCCAUCCCUUCUGCCACGUGCUGGUGGCUGCAAUGCUGCAGGAGCCUGGGGAAGGUGCUGAGCAGACCAAGCUGAUGUGUGAGCUCGUGGAGGAGUGCCUGGAGCCACACUCUGUGCAGCUGGUGCUGAGCCAAGUCCUGGAGGUGCCUUUGUCAGAGAGACUCCUGCCAGUACUGCAGGCUGUGCUGGGGCGGCAGGAGGUGCUUCCCCCCAAGCUUUUGGAUUUCCUGGUCCUGACUCUGUGCCAGCAGGCCCCAGCCUUUGCCACAUCACUCAGCUUCGCCAAGCUGGUGACCGCCGUGCUCACAGUGUACCAGAGCCAGGUCACCCCAGCUCACCGGAGCAGUCUGGCUGCGGUCCUGGAUCGGAGCAACGCGGUGCUGAAGAAAUCGCUGCAGGCUGUGCUGGAGGGGGACAGGUGACCACCAAAAGGAAGGUGGCAGCUUCCUUGCGUGGAGGACACUCAUUGCACAGCAGCAGCCACAGCCACCCCUCACUGGGUUCCCCUGGUGAGCAGGGACUGUUCCCCAUGUAGUGCCCAGUGAGGGGGCUCUUGCUGGGCAGUGCCAUCCCGGCCCCUCACACUCCCUGGGGCUUGGAGGGGUCUUGGUUGAACAAUUCAUGUGUUUCUAGGUGUUUCUGUAUCUGUUCUCUCUCAAGCCUGCCAUGCUCACCAAGGUGACCACACCAGGGCUGUGGGGGCAGGCAGGACACAACCCACGGGGGAGUUUCUGAGUUUUUACUUCCCAAAAUGUGUUGCUGAACCAGGACAGACAUUGAUUUGAGCCUGCAUGAAGUUGAUAAUUCUGGACUUAGUUCACUAUCUUGGUUUCACCUCAGCUCAUUCCAAGGCACGAGUUCUGUGCAUGUCCACCCUCCUCCACAGCAGCCAAGGCCGUUUUGGAGCAGUGCAGGCUGGGCUGCUGCUUUGUGUAUCUGAUCUGCUGGGAUUUACACAUCUCUGGGUGCAGAAGACUGCGACUUAGCUGAAUUCCAGCUGAAUUUAGCUGGAAAUUUUGAGUGUUCUGCUUUAAAUCCACCUUUCUUUCCUGUUUGCCUGGCCUGUGAGGGGCCCUGCUGUGUGCAACACAUUUCUGGUGAUGAUGACACUACUCGUUGCUCUAGUAGAAAAUGUAUGGCAUGACUCUGCUCAAAGUUCUAUGCUGUAUUAUUGAAAGUACCCACUGGACACCUCAUCUAGGCACCUCCUGGUGUGAGAACUGGGAAGAAAAGUUUGGGAGAGAGUGGAUACUCAGGCAGGUAGAGCAAGGGUUUCAAUGGAGAUUUUGAAGCAUUGCAUACUUCAGGAGCAAUUUAAAAAUCCAUAAAUAUCUACAAAGGGAGAAGGAGAAUUAUAACGUGCAAUUGUGACAUGUGGCUGCUUCAGGUUUGCUCUGUAAUGUUUAGAUCCCAGCCAGGGAAACUGAAGCAUUAGGUCAUGCUCUUAAGGCUGAGAGCACAGAUUUCUUUAUAUAAGAAUCUCUUAAGCUAUUUUAGGUGACAGUGGACUGAUGAGGCUUCAAAGUCCACAUUAGCUGGAGGAUAGAAACCUCCAGGGAGCCAGAUUGUUGAUGUGUUUGCAUUCCAGUGAGUUAGUGGCUGAGUGUAGUGAAGCUAUUGUAGGGCUGCCCAAAAUACGACAUAAAUAGAAAUUGUGCCAUGAUCAUCAAGGUCUAAGCCUGCUCUUCUGGCUUUAUUAGGUAGCAGGCUCUGAUCUUUGCAGUUUCCCUGCAGAGCUUCUACCAAGUGACCUCGGUGUCAUUGUCCCCAGUGCUCUGUCUGGCUGUGGCUGUCAGUCACAUGGAGGUGACCACUGGCUUGUGGCAAAAGCCUUCUUAGCCCUACUUUUGCUCUUGGCUGCGGUUUAUCAUGUGCUGUGGGUUCCUCUGAGGUGUACAUGCAGACAACAAUUGUGUGGGGAGAACUGGGAGCAAACCCUGGGCAUGCUGCACAUGCUGGGGGAAGGCUGCUUGUUUAUAUGGAGGUUGGCAGCAGCUGCACAGAAGACUUUACUUUUGACUCCUCUUGACCCUUUCAAGAACUUUAAAACCUGUCCUGAACAGCAGAGAGAGGUGGAUGCAGCAUAAAACAUCAGUCAGAUUUUAUAGUUCAGCAGAAUCUUGGCCAAGGGUGGUGGGAGUGCCAGCACUGGCUCUGUCCUUGUCUUGAUUUAAGAGUGGUGAUGGUGAAGGGAAUGAUCCAAAGCUUUGUCUGUCUUUUCCUAGGCUGGGAGUAAGCAGUGAUUUUCAGCCAGUUUACUUGUGAUACUUGGCAGUGGUUCCUUACCUGCUUCCUCUUCUGUUUGUAGAGUUUUAUUUCACAUUUCCUUUUUGGCCUAGUAGUUCUUGGGUUUUUUUGAAGGAAAUUCAUCAUAUGCAGUUACAUGGGUUGUCUGUCUGCUCUGCUGCUUCCUCACCCUCCACAGGAAUUUUUGAACCAGUUUCAUGGCAAGAUGAUUGUCUUAAAUUGCAAUGCAAGAUGUAACCAAAAGUCUGUAUUCUAUUCCCAGCUGUUAAAAUCAGCUGUGGCAGUUCUUUAUCUCGUCUAUGACCCAUCCCUCAUAACUCCAGGGGGAUCUCUUCUGUUAAUGGGCCAUUGAGCCUCACUGCAUGACUGAUAGAAUUCCAUCAUCCCAUUGUGAGAUGCUCCACCCAGUGGGAGGAGCCAAGCAUUCCUACCUGGAUAUAAUCUGGGAUUUAGAGCACCAGAGUCAGCCUUUCUCCACUGGAUUCCCAGAGGAGACCGGACCCAUUUCACCACCACUGGACCUUCAGAGGAAAACUACACCCAUCUACAAGAUUACUGCUCCAACAGAACCACAUCUGCCACCCCAGCCACCAUUUAAUAGGACUGCUACCAACAUCCUGCCCAACAGAGUGUCAGGCUGUAUUCUGACUCUGUCAGUUGUUUUUAUACUGCUCCAUUUUAAUUUUCCUAUUAAGUUGUAAGGUUUUUUAAAAAAUUUAUACAUACUAGUAAAGAACUGUUAUUUCUACUCCCAUA